AUGGGAAUCAAAGUUCGUAAACCUUUCUGCCUCAGCUUCAAGGGAGUACCUACAUCUCUGAAGAUUCUUUGUGAUAAUGUUUCUGGUGCUUUUGUGCUUUCUGAGUCUCUUAAUAGAUUAAUCAGCCUGGUACGAACCAAAGUGGAUGAAACGCUCCUCAAUACGAUGAUCCGGUUUUAUGAUCCUCUCCUUCAUUGCUUUACUUAUAGGGACUUUCAGUUGGUUCCCACAUUAGAGGAAUUUUCCUCCAUACUAGGAUUACAUGUGCUUGAUCAGAUGCCCUACACUGGUGAAGAAGAGAUUCCUAAGUUGGAAGAUGUUGCUGCUGCAUUGCAUUUGCCUCGAUCAGAAAUUAAAAAGGUUUGGGUGAAUAAAGGAGACUACACUGGUUUGCCUAUUGACUUCUUGUAUAGUCAAGCUGAAAUCUUGAUUAAUGCUGCGAGUAUGGAUGCUCUUGAAAAGGUCUUCGCUUUCCUGAUCUAUGGACAAGUCUUAUUCCCUCGUUACGACAAAAUUGUAGAUGUGAUUGCCACUGAGAUCUUCAUCAGCAAUAAUCCCGUUCCUACCUUAUUGGGUGACUUGUUGCACUCCAUCCAUCAUCGAUCAUCUAAAGGAAAAGGCUGCGUUCUUGGGUGUGCACCUCUUCUUCAUAAGUGGUUUAUUUCUCACUUACCCUGUUCCGUAAUAAAGAAUGAAGAAGGUGGGACUUGGGUUCAAAGAAUCAUGAGGCUUUCAUACGAUGAUAUCUUUGGUUUCGCGUUGAAAGACAAACCUCGCUCCAUAUACCUUAGCGCGGAAAAUUUUGAUUAUGAUUCAGAUGCAACCGGAAAGAAGAAGUUGUUUAUUAGAGCUUGGUCCAAGGUAAAGAAAGUAUGCACGAGAGAAUUGGGACUAAGGAACUACAUCCCUUCAGAUCUUUAUUUUAGGUGGAUUUAUGAUCGAGUUGUUGAGUAUGGUAUGCCAUAUCCAUCUGAUAUCCCGGUUAUGCCAAGGGUUACCCCUCCGGUCAUUCCCGUGGUUUUGGAGCCUUAUGUUCCCGCUCCAAAUGAAGACCUUGCUGCUACUGUUGCUUCUUUAAGAAGAGAAAAGGCUGAUCUUGAAAAGCGCUUACGUGAGGUUGAGGCUGAAAAAGCAGUGUUAGUGGCUGAUGCUAAAGAGCGAGAUGGUAUGCUUGACUAUUUCUCCUAUAAAUGGAAAAUUGAGGAUUUCGUCUCUCCGGAUCAGAUACAAUCAUGGGAACAGGAGAUUGAUAGACUCGUCCAAGAAAGAAACGAAAUGAUUAAAGGUCACAAAGAGGAGAUCAGAAGUUUAAAGAGAAAGGGCCGACUCGAAGACUGA